CGCUAAGUGGGUGUUACUUCCGCCUAUCCCAGAGGGACAUCCUGUGAAGAAAACGCAGAGUUAAAGUAAGAGAGAACACUGAAGAAAAAUAACAAAGAAAAAUUUAUAUAAAGGUAUACUAGACAAAUAAGUAUUCUAAUGGAUUUUUGAUACCUGGAACCACUAGACAUUUGAGACUGGAAGCUACUAGAAGGUUAAUUAAAUAGAACUAUUGAGUUGCUUUUACUUACUCUGAGCUGUUGACCAGAAUACUCUUCGUCAUUAAAAUGACUGCUGAGGGGAACUUUGAGACGAAAUACGCCUGAAACGACGAUUUGGAUUUACACUAGCUUAGAUUGGAUUUGGUCAGUUUUUUUGUUGGUUUGUUUCAACUCUCCCCUGCAUUCGGCUGCACGUGGCGUGUGCACCCGUUUGGACAACUAGUUAGAUGGCGAGCCAAGCCCACGUCUAGAGGACAACUCGCCAGACUUUCGAGUUCGAGCACUAUAGACGGACUUUUCUCUUGGUGACUACACUCAGCAGCAUGGGCUAAAUGGAUCUUAUAAUUCUCAAUAAAGUGAACUUUAUCAAGUGGUUACGUGAGGAUCUGCUCAUUUUACAGCAUGUGCAGUCACGGAAACUUGUAACGAUGGACGAGUACACCAAACUUAAGAAUAUCCGAGAUUCUUCUGAAAGAAUUAAUGAACUCUUGGACACAAUUCUGAGUAAGGGCAACUUGUUUUGCCUGAAUUUUUUGAACUUGCUGAAAGAAGACGGUGUGAAUGCGUCCAGCCCGCAGCUCAAGGAAUGGAUAUCGACUAUAAACAAUUCAGCUGUCAGAAGCCAAGAGGAACCGCCUGCCAAAGAUGAAGAGCCACCAGCUGCUGAAUCUGAGACAGAGGAGGCAGAAGACCAGGAGCCAGGUGAAGAGAUUGUAAACAAGGUUCUCAGCGCACAACAUCAGAUUCAAAAGCACCGGAUCAGGGUAUUCCCUUACUAUGAAUCAUUGGGAACAGCACUCUGUGGGAAAGACAGACCAACUCUGAGACUCCCAGAAACCUUCACAAAGAAUAUUGAUAAAUCUGUUUGGAAAUACCUCCAAGAUAAUCCAGGAUCACUAGAUUUGAUCAAGCGAGAGAUGCGCAAACAUUUCUGUCAGCUGGAUUUUCGGGACGCAGCUGUGAAAAUCAGCCCUCUAGCUUCCCUGCUUAAUCAGGGUUUACAGUCAGGAAAACUCGUUGAGACCUGGAGGGAGAAUGCCUCUGCUGAGUUCACUGCUACAAUGUCCAAAUAUAAGUCCCUAGAGAUCUUUGUUCAGAGAGACGCAUGGAGUGAAACGGAGGCAGAAAUCCACAAGACACUAUUUGCUAAACCUGUGACCAUGGUCUUUCAGAAAGAUCAAGGAACAGUGAUGCUUGCAGGCCUCGCAGAAGAUGUCAGUAGAACUGGGGAUGUCAUACAGAUCACUAUUGAUAGAAUAACUCACAGGAUCCAAAGGGAGAAGGGAAGCGUGACAGAUGAGAUUACCAUGGUUCCAUCCAUUUAUGAGCUCGUCAUGCUAGAUGGCCUUGAGCAGGAAAUCAGCAAUAGCUUUCCAGAAAUGGAGCUGAGUUACCACUCUCACAGCAAAAAGUUAGCUCUCUAUGGUCUAAAACAAGAAGUAUUGGAGUCAAAAAAUAAGAUUCUACAAGAGGUCAUUGGGCUAAAACGGAGAAUGGUGGAACUCCAUCCAUCUAUUUUGGAAUUUCUGACUAGGAGGGACCAGGAGGAGCUCAAAUGGGACUUACUCUUAUCCAAGGGAAUCAGAGCAUCUUUGGAGAUCAAGGAAAACCGAGCAUUGCUUGUUGCCAAAACCGAGAAGACCUUGAAGGACAGUGAGGAACGUCUGAAAGCAGUGUUAAAUCAUAAAUGCCUUGAUGUAGAGGAUCCCGGUGUGCUCAGGAAGGCAGAAUGGCAAGAUCUAAUUAUUUGCUUAAAUAACUUAUUCAAUUCACCAGUAAUGACUGUUGUAAUAAUCACAUCAGGCAGCCAAAUUAUGGUUGCUGGCUUUGACGAUGUAGUCGAAUUAGUCCUUGAACAGCUUUCUGAUUUUGUACACAACAAUUCUAACUUGGUUGCAACGAUUGAGGCUGACAGGACUGUUGUCAGAUUUAUCCAGGAGCACAAAAAGCAAGACUGGCUUGCAAAGGUAAAAAACAAAGUGAAUAUUGACUUCAAAGAUGGUAAAAUCUUGUUAAGUGGCCCAAGGGUUCAUGUUUCUCAGUGUAAGCCUGUCUUUGAGAACAUGAUUUCAUCUGUUUAUCACUGCAGCUUGAAAGUAGUUAAGCCAGGCGCCAAGAAGUUAUUCGAGAGUAAGGAGUUAUUGUACGUCGCUGCAGCCAAGGAGCAAAUAUGGUGCUUGGUCGAGUUAAUAGAUGAGCAUGAGGUGUUCCAGGCUGGUCUUGUCAGUAUAGGACAGAAGAGAUUUUUUACACCUGAAGGAGUGGAGAUUGUGGUCAGCAAAGGUAACAUGUGUUUUUAUCCAGUAGAUGCUGUAGUUAUUGCAACCAAUGAGAAUCAGGAUUUUAACAAAGGUCUGUCGAAGGCACUUUCUGAUGCUGCUGGGCCACAACUGCAGGAUGCCUGUCGCCAGAUCCUUAAAAUACGAAAACAACCGACCACAGGGGAUGCUGUCCUCACUAAGGCAGGUGGACAGCUAUGCUGCAAGUAUAUCAUCCAUACAGUAGGACCACAUUAUGAUAGCUCUAAUCCUAAGAGAGCAGUUCGACUUUUGAAGAAAGCUGUGAAAAGGAGCCUGUAUCUUGCUGACCGAGAGAGCUGCCAGUCUGUAGCAGUACCCGUCAUAAGUUCUGGGGACCUUGGGUUCCCAUUGGAUCUUGUUGCGGACACCAUAGUUGUAGCCCUGAAUGAAUUCUUUGAGUUUGUGAGUGGAGACUCUUGUUUGAAGAAGAUCCAUCUUGUUGAAAAUAAUGAUAGAACAGUUGAGGCUUUAGAAGCUGCAGUGCAGAAAGUAUAUGGGGGCAGCUCCGUCCGUCAAGUCUCCAGAAGCGAACCAAGCCACCAUCAGCAAAACUUAAACCUGGAUUUUGGAGAUGAGUUUCACAACAGAAUUAACAUUCAGUCAGCCACCCCAGGUCCCACCAUGCAACAGCAAAUCAAAGAAAAAGAUGAUCAGCAGCAGAAGGGAGGGGGCUUUGUAAUCAAGGGCAAAGUGGUGAAUCCUGCAUGCUUCUCUAUCUGUGGGCCUUCCAAAGCUGCUGUGGACCAAACCAAGCAGUGGAUAGAGAAACUCAUCUCAGACAAGCAUGUGUUUGAGAUAAUCAGUGAUCCAGUAAUCUUUAGCUUGUCUAAUAAAGACCAACAACAAAUACUAGAGCUGCAGCAAUCCUUGGAUGUCAGUGUGAGAGUGGAACACAAGGUUCAGGGUGAAGAUCAGGAGGAGGCCACAAUUUUGGUGGAGGGCCUCAGCAGGGAUGUUCUGAAGGCUGUAAGUGAGAUCCAGACCAUUCUCAAAAAAGCCAGAGAUGAGGUUGGACUGAAGAAAAAUAUGAAGGUAAUAAGUGAGUUAGUAGACUGGCAAUACCUACAGAGUGGGCAGUACCAGAGCUUCAAUCAACUGACAAACCUCCAUUUGGAACAAGCCCUUGCAAAGAAGUCUCUCCAUGUGGACAUCAGCCUCCAUGGCCAAGCAUACAAGGUCACAAUGCCAGAGGGUCCUGCUCUGAGUGCUGAAGGUGGUAACCAGAUCAGCAUCAGGCGUAUUGACAAAAUACAAGUGGUAGCCAGUGAUAGCCUCCCACAGGAAUGGGACCCAAUGACAGCUACUGAGCUCUUCAAGGAGUGUCCACUGCAGGAUAACGGCCAUGAGUACAACGAUGUCUUGAGCCACUUUGGAAAAACCUGCCCCAAUAAUAACAUUCUUAAGAUUUCACGAAUCCAGAAUCCUGGCAUGUGGAGGAAGUACCAGCAUAAUAAGCACAUCAUGGAAAUCAAGAAUGGCCAUAAGAACAAUGAAAAGAGGCUUUUUCAUGGGACCAGAGCGGUCUCAAUGAAGCACAUCAAUCAUAGUGGCUUCAACCGCAGCUAUGCAGGAAUGAAUGCUGCGGCAUAUGGAAGAGGCACCUAUUUUGCACUUAAUGCAAGUUACUCUGCAAUCAACACCUAUUCAGUACCAAACCAGCAGGGGCACAAGCACAUGUAUCUUUGCAGAGUCCUCACUGGAGACUACACGCCAGGAAAUGCUUCAGUGAUUGUCCCUCCUCUCAAAUCCGCCAAUGGCACAGAUCUAUUCGACAGUACUGUUGAUAAUGUUAGUGCGCCAACCAUCUUUGUGGUGUUCCGUGAUGAUCACGCUUACCCAGAGUACUUGAUCACUUUCACCUGAACUGAAAAGCUCUUUACAGUGUUGCAUGAUUAAAACAAAUUCUUGAAUACAGGUCUGUGAACGUAUCUGACUAGGAUUUUUAUUAUCUGAAAUUCCUGUAUGCCUUACACACCAGAAAAUGUCGAAGUCUUGCUGGCUCAGGACGAGGUCUGAGUUUACAAAGGUAACUGUAAUGGUGGUAUGAAACACGGGCAAGCUAGUGUGCUUGUCAGCCAGGUCAUAAAAAUAUCAAUAUCUGUAGCUACUUCCAAACUAAUGAUUUUCACAUUGUGUCCUGACCGCUGACUUUCAGUUUUGUAGCAACUUUAGCCACAGAGUUGUUUUUGUAAACUUAGUGAUUGUCCAUUUAAUUACGAUUCAUCUAACGGCCCUGUAGUCCUGCUAGUCAUUGCUGAAAAAAGUAUAAUACUGGAAGAAAAGAAACCUAUUGGACAUGAUAGCUCAUUUUUCAGUUUCAAUUUGUGUAUAGAUCAAAGACUUCCCUCAGAUUUAUAGAUGGAACAAUGAACGCAAGAAUUUAUAGUGAAGGAAAUAAAUACACCAUCCUCUUUCACAAUAAUUUGUGAAAUGGUUUUUUAAAUUUAAAAUCACUGAAAAUGAACAGAGUUGGAACGUCUGUUGUAUAUUAAUAAAAAAUAAAUAAGUUAAUAAAUUAAUAAAAAGUUA